AGUCGGUCAAAUCUCAAAUCAAAUUGUCAAACAAAAUUAUGAUUAUUUCAUCCUUUCUCUGAUUUCAGAACCACAUUAAUGAAAUUAUAAUAGAUUCAAAAAUUCCAGGAAGGGAUAAGAGGUAUUUUAUCGCUGCUCGGUUUAUCUUCCAUCUCUUCUCUCCUUCAAAUCACAUGAAAAUUUAUGGGGUCAAGAUAUAAAUAAAACUUCAAUAAUUAAACAAUAUAUUCACAAACAAUAUUUGUAAUGGGAAACAGUAGUAAAAAACAAGCUGCUAAGUGUAAUUUUUUAUCUAAAGAUGAGCAAAAUAUUGUUAGUAACUCAUUCCGCUUAAUAAGUAAAAAUUCUGAUAGAAUCAAAGAAGACGACUUGACAAAAUUAUGGGGUAGUCAAAUUGAUCAACGUCUUCUGCAGUACAUAAAUAAUUACCUUUUUGGUAUUGGGGAAGAUAAACAACCUUUCGUUUCUCUAUCAGCAUUUGCGGAAUUGUAUGUAUUCUGUACAAGAGGAACCGUUGAUGAAAAAUUCAAAGUUCUUUUGAAAUCUUUGGGUAAAUCAGAAAGUGAAACUUGUGACUUACCCUAUUCUCUAGUCAAAGAGUAUGUUGAAAGUAUAGUAUCAUCCUACAUGAAAAUACAAAAAGUUACGAACAACAGACAUUAUAAAUCUUGGUUCUCUAAAGGAUGCUUUAUUGCUCCUCAAAAUAUUCAACGUCUUGGAGAAUCUUUGUCCAAGGACCUUUCUGUAGGGGAAAGUAUCACUAAAAUAACACUGGAAAAUUGGUUGCAAACAUGUACCCUAUUAGGACAACUACUGCUCUAUGUUUUCAAUCAUUUAUAUAAGAUGUCGCACAAAGAGAAAGAAAAACCUACAGAUAGAGCAAGUUUUUCCCAUGAAGAAGAUGACACCACUGAUAGAGAUUUACAAUCAAAAGAUAGGAGUUUAAUUCCAACCUGUAGAGGAUUAGAUUUAAUACCAUCAUAUCCAAGUAUUUUAGAUUUGAACCAAAUCAUUUUUAUGAAUUCUAAUCUUCCUCAAGAGUUUCAAACUGACUGGAGGUUCUUAUUCAGCUCGGAAAUACAUGGUGAAUCAUUUUCUACCUUGAUAGGAAGAAUAAUUGAUCAAGGGCCAACAGUGCUGGUUCUAGAAGAUAAGAAUGGUUACAUCUUUGGUGGUUUCGCUCCAGAAAAUUGGACUUUGAAUCCCAAGUUUUUCGGUAACGACAGCAGUUUUUUAUUCACUCUGGCCCCAAGGAUGCGUAUAUUCCCUUCUACAGGAUACAAUCAACAUUUCCAAUAUCUGAAUAUGCACCAGCACACCCUACCUAAUGGGUUGGCUAUGGGAGGUCAGCAUGGCUAUUGUGGACUCUGGUUAGACAGUGAAUAUGGAAUAGGACAUACUAGUGAAUCUUGCACAACGUAUUCUGGUUAUCAACAAAUGUCGGCGAAUAAAGAGUUCCAUUAUAGGCAUCUUGAAGUCUGGGGAUUGGGAAAGCCACCUUCCCCAUCAUCUAAACUGAAGAGAGGACAAAGCAAUGAACGACAAAUAGGUCAUCCGGAAAGUAAAGCCUUACUGAAAAUGAUCGGUAGGGGAACCCACAGCGAAGGAAUGGAAGAGGCUCCACCUCUUGUACAUCACCACAAUUAAUACCAAUGGUAACACAACCGAGAAAUAUCAGAGACAAAAAUGUUUGUAAGAGUUUUCAAAAAACAAAUGGUGCCAUUUCUUUUAGAGUUUUUUAUAUAAGUAUGUAUACGUACUUUUGAACUACCAAAAGUGGAAAAUACUGGUGAGGCUUUCUGUCCAUCGAAAGUGAAACUUGAAUUCAAAUGUGUUCUUUUCAUAUUUUGAGGUUAGUGGAUUUUCAUUUUAUCAUCAACUAGCAUUUAUAUCUUACCUAGUCUUCAAUUUCUCUUCAAUUGAUUGCGAAAAAAUUAUUGGAAAAUCAAAUGAAAAUAAUAUUUCAUUUAUUAUGGGUUCUCAUCAAGUAUCAUUGAUCUCUUAUAAUUGGAGCCUUCAACUAAUGAAUCAUUUUCGCAGAAUUUCAUGCAAUUUCGAUCUUUUUUCUCAAGAAAGAAGAAAAAACUGCCAAAAAGUAUGAGAGGUAAGUACUUUUACUGUGGGGGAAUAAUGCAGGAAAAUUCAUAGUUCCCUCACACAACCCAAAAUUUUAAGUUCAGCAUGCCCCUUAACAGUCUCAUUGUGCAACUUGAAAUGACACAUAGGCAUAUACUUGUAGAUCAAUAGGGAUCAUAUAUUAUUUCGGUUUUGUCUAUUUUUGGACAAAUCUUCAUAUGAAUUAACUGUGAUGAUUCCUCUUUAUCACGUAUUUUCUUCAAAGUAGAUGUUUUAUUAUGACUCUAUUUAUCAUCUGACUGAUAAUCAGAUAUCUUUUCUUGUAUAUACAGGGUGUUUCGCAUAAAGUGUCCACUAGAAGUAUCUAGAGAACAGAAUGAGAUUUUCCUUGAAAGUUUAUGGAUCAUAAUGAAGGGAUCUAUUCAACUGAAAUAUUCUCAUCUCUUUGGUACUUCAGUUAUACCAGAAGUUGAGUUAAAAUUUGUUAUUUCAAAUGGAAUUAGCUAAAUUUUCUUUCAUUUUGGGAUUCUGAAUGAUAUUUUUACUAAGGUUUAUUUGCCAUUCAUUGUGGUCCAUAAACUCUCAAAAAAUCUCAUUCGGUUCUCAGAUAUUUCUAGUGGACAUUUUGCUUAAAACACCCUGUAUAGUCCCAUUUUGAUUCAAUCAAUCCUUCUCAUAAAAUUAAGUCAACUCUAUAUCACCAACAACAAAAUUCAUUGUGUGGCACUGUGACCCAUAUUUCAAGUAUUUUUCAAUCUAAUUUAUCUUCUCAAAACUUUGUAUGGAGUGAUACACUAAAUGUUUGUAUCGAUGUCUCAAAAUGCUUCAAUUGAAUUUAUCCAUUAGAGUGAAAAUGCACAUAUGAGAAAAGCAUUUACUGAUUGUUGUCGACACUGAACCUUGAAAAUGCCAAUAUAUGUAUUACAUUUUUAUAACUAAAUUAUAUAUAAUAUAUAAUAAUAUACAUAUGACUUAUUUUUAAGCCGUCUUAAAUGUAUUAAACAUUGGUUUGAAAAAAUUUAAUCACGAUGAAAACGUCUUUUGAAGAUUUUUAUUACAUUUCAUAUUAAAGCAUACAUUUUUACUAUCCUGUUUCAAUUCAUAAGUAACAGGAAAUAUUUCGUUCUUAUUUUUUUGGAAAUCAACAAUCAACAUAAUUCGAUCUCACUUCAUUUUCAAUAUUGACAACCUCUUGAACUAGACUAGACGUUUUAACUUGUUUCAGACAAAUUCUUCGUUUCCAAAUAUGCUAGGAUUUAAAGAAACAGUUUUUUUUUUGCCUUGGCAGGUUCUCAUUGACUGUGUUGCUCAAAUAAAAACUUGAAAGGCAAAACGUUUUGAAUGUUUCAUACUAAUGAAAUUUAAAAUAAAAAUAAGUCAACCCUUGAUUUACACUUUGUAUUCAUGCAAUAUUAUAAUAAAUUUUCUAUACUGAAAAAUUCCAUGGUUGGACAAGAAUCGUUUUAACAUUGUUUUUAUAGCUUUUAUUAUUGUUACUUAUUUUGUUGGCUGUUGAAAUCUGAAAUUUUCUUAUCAAAGUCUUGUUCUUUUUUGAUAAAUUGUUUUUACUGAAAUCUUUGCAUGAAACCUGUAUACCAAUGUAGACUUCAACGGCAGGAAACCAAAAAGCAGUUCUUCAACGUAACUGCUGUUAAUCAUUAAUUCCCACUUGUGGAAAGAGCAUCCUACACAACCAUUGUUAUUUGUGAACCUGAGCUAGUCAUCAUGAUGUAUUUCUGAUAUUUUCAGUGUCAUAAUCCAAGCUCCUGUGUUUUAGAUAUACUUUGUUGAUACUUUUUCACCGUUUUGUUAUCCGCAAUAAAAAAAUUAUUUAUGGUUA